UUGAGGCUACUUCAGGUUGAGCAAUAGGCAUUUAUGAUUAGUGAGCUUUUCCAAAGAUUCGAGUUGCUUUCAAGUUUUUAAAUAUGUUAUUGAUUUAUCGGAGUGUUCUAAGUUAAAAUGUUUAAAAAACUAUCAUAAUCAUGGAUUUGUAACCGUCUUCAACAUAAAUGCCUAAAACUUCAUGUCAACUUCAAAAUGUCGUGUAAUUAUGCUGAUGGUCUCUCGCCAUAUGAACACAAAGGUGUUUUAGGUGUUCCAGAAAAAUUCGAUUCCAUAGAAAAAUUUGAGGAAAAGUGUAAACUAUUGGCCAAUUUAUUAAAAGAAAGCAAGCAUGUGGUAGUUCAUACUGGUGCAGGCAUAAGUACUUCAGCUGGUAUUCCAGAUUUUAGAGGACCCAAUGGUGUUUGGACACUGGAGAAGAAAGGAAAAAAACCUUCAAUAAAUAUAUCGUUUGCCGAUGCAAUACCCACAAAGACACACAUGAUAUUAAAAAAAUUGGUAGAAUGUAAUAAAGUACAGUAUAUUGUUAGUCAAAAUAUAGAUGGCUUGCAUUUAAAGUCAGGAUUGUCAAGGAAGUACUUGGCAGAACUACAUGGAAAUAUGUUUGUUGAAGAAUGUAAUCUUUGCAAGAGGCAGUUUGUACGGAGUUCUCCAGUAGAAACAGUUGGUAAAAAAUGCAGUGGAGUGCCUUGUGCCAGUGGGUUAACAGGAAGACGCCCUUGUCGAGGUCGACUAUAUGAUGGAGUGCUGGAUUGGGAGCACAGUCUACCUGAAAAUGAUCUGCUAAUGGCCGAGUGGCACUCGAGCAUUGCAGACCUAAGUAUUUGCCUAGGCACAACAUUACAAAUAGUUCCUAGUGGUAACUUGCCGUUGGAAACUGUAAAAUAUGGAGGAAAGUUAGUAAUAUGUAAUUUGCAACCAACUAAACAUGACAACAAGGCAGAUCUAGUCAUAAAUUAUUAUGUUGAUGAAGUUCUUGAGAAAGUGAUGAAUAUUUUAGAACUAGACAUCCCAGGAUACAGUGAAGCUGACAAUUAUAUUAAACAAGCUGAAAACAAAUUAAUAGACUGGACAAUCAGUAAAAAAGAUGUCUUGUCUAUGGAAAAAGUUUACAAAGCUAAGUGUAAAGGUGUCAAGAAACUGCGGGUUUUAUUGAAAAGCAAAAGGGAAGAUGUUACCAGUAACGAAAAUGAUAUUGUCAAAGAUAAAAUAAUUAAAUUAGAAAUAAAAAAUGAAAUCAAGACUGAAGUAUAGCUUUAAGGAUUUUAAGUGAAUAAAACAUUUUUUUAUAAAAA